GAUAGCCUUCGCUGAGGAGCAUCCACUGACUGUAGAGCCCAGCUUGUGUAAGCUGAGGAUGACAAACCUCUACCCGCCGAAGAUCAGCCCGACUCUAAUGACCCAGGACCCUCACUACAUCCCCGGAUAUGCUGGUUAUUGUCCUCAGUACAAGUACAGUCUUGGGCAAAGCUAUGGCAAAUUGACUUCUAAACUACUCACAAAUCCUGGAAUAGCACACUCUGGGCAAUUGCUUCUCCAGCCAAACCUGUAUAGAGAAACCAAUGUGGGAAUUAAGCAAAAUCAAAAUCUACAUCAAAAUUAUAAAGCCAGCAGGAAGGCACAAAAACUGACCGACUCAAUGGUCUCUGGAUACACAGGCUUUGUUCCCAGAAGUAAAGGCUAUUUUUCAAAAACUUUCACUGAAACCUGCAUGGAUGCAGUUGCAGAGUUUGAAAGAGGACAGCUUAAGGCGGCUUCAAAGAAACAAGAAAUGGAAUUGAUAAAUGCAUUACAGACUGGGAAAACUGCAGCGAAGACUGAGCAAGAGAAAAGUCUUAUAACAGUCAAAUAUAGGACACCUUUUGCUGCAAUUACUAGCAAUCCUGUACCUUAUGAUUUAUCACAUUCUUAUAAAGUAGAGAAAUCUCUGUACUUAAUGGAAAAUGAAGACCCUGAUAAACAUUUUAUGUCUGGGUACAAAGGACAUGUGCCUCGUGCCCAGUUUCUGCUUGGGUCAGGGUUUCCUACCAUCACUAACCGUGCCUUGAUUGAAUUCAACCAGAUGCUUAAUAAAUCAAAACCUACUGUAAACUCUGUGAAAGAGAAUGAAGUAUUUCCCUGGAUUCGGCAGAUUUAUCCCUCAAAACUUGGAAUGCUGCCUCAGUAUACAGGCCAUAUACCAGGAUACAAAUAUCAAUUUGGCCACACUUUUGGACACCUUACCCAGGAUGCACUAGGAAUGAGCACCAUCCAGAAACAAAUUGUCGAUUAAAAACCAAGUGGAGCAAAUUUCAUUACCAUAAUCAACAUUUAGAAAACAAAAUAGAAUGUAUGUUUUGGUUUACAAGUUGCAAAUACGUAUUUAACUUGAGCAUUGCCAGCAUGCAGGGAGAAGAAUUAGCCAGGGUUCUUGCUUCUGAACAUAUCUAAUUAUUGGCAAAGCUGUAAUGCCUUCCACAGCUGAACUAUCUGCUAACAUAUUGUCAUAAUUAAUACACAGAGAAUAGCUAAAUGAAAUGCAUAGAGCAGCUGAUAUCUCAGGAGCUACACUUUACAGUUCAGCAUGUUUGAUACAGAAGAAAAUUGGAAAGGUUGGGAGGUGGUGAAAACAAAGAUUCUAUUAGUCAAGCAGAUCAGACCACAAGUCUUGCACACCUCCACUUCUUAGCAUCCUGGUCGCCACUUGGGAUGGAAAAAUAUGGAAAACCAGUCUGCUGCCAAGUUGAGAAUAUCAACGACAUAGAAAGCACCCAAAAUGUUGGUUGCUUCAUUCAGAUAAAUAUUUUCUCCAUACACCAAUGAGAAUUUAUAUUUGAAUAAAAUAAUAUUAAAAUAAUAUAAUCAUUAUUUGUUCUAGGGAGUAGAACCCUCAGCCCUUCAAGCCUGUGGCGUCAUGGCUGACCUGCACUUGUACUCCAUUUGGUCCAUAACUUUUAACACCUUUCUUAGACAGGAACAUUUCAACUGACCCGGCAUUCAAAAUCUUUUGGGACAGAGCCUUUCAUAUUUUCACUACCCUUUGCAUGGAAAAUGUGCUUCCUCGAUGGCUUAGCUAUAAUAUUAAGAUCUAGAAACUUACUCUGUGUACUAAUCUGGAAACUCUCACUAGAAAAAUUGCUUUCUAUCAAAUUCUUUUAAUAUCUUAAAGACCUCAUCAGAAUACUGCUUAAAUGUAAAUUCAAGUAGUGCAGCCAUUCUUUGAUGUACAAAAGUUGAUGCAUUUUUGGAAGGUUAAAGUGAAAUUUCUCAAAUUUAAAUGGUUGGGCAAAAUGGAUGUGAUAGCCUAAAAAGGUUUGUACAUUGAAUGUGCACUCAGAGUCAACAGCAUUAAGGAAAAAAUUUAUAAAUCUGAUUACUGUACAAACUGAUUCUAUACUGCCAAUCUUCAUAAUCCUGUAAAAUCUGGUAUCAUUUUGAUGAAUCUGUUUUCCAGCCCCUAGGGUAAAUCUUCUCCUGCCCAAAAUCUCCAGAUGGAGUCUGAGCAAUGACUUGUGCAACCGAAACAAACAUUAUUCCCCUUUAUGUUAUUGAUCCUGUUCACAUAAACUUGAGAAUGAACAAACAGGAAAAAAAGUUAUAUAUGGAAUACUUAAUGAAUCUUGUGACUCAUUUUGUUAUUUAAAAUAAGCACUAUGUAUCUUUUCCCAUCCACACUUCAAUAAAGACUAUU